AGAAAAAAAAAAUAAAAAUCCAACUCCAACUCGAGGGACGUUUCAAUUUCAAUUUUAAAAAUGUUUUAAUACUUUUAAUUAUUAAAAACGUAUUAUUAUUGCUUGGUUUACAUCGUUUUCUCUCAUCCAUAAGUCUACCGAAGUUGUAAAUAAUAUUCAAGUACAUGUUUCGUUGUUAGAAGAUUCGAUUUCAAUGCUCUGGACGUAUUGAACUAUCGGUGAGAAAACACGCUCUACAUCAACGUAACGAUGGCUUCGUUACAAGUUGGAAGUAGAGUGGAAGUGACUGGAAAGGACUCUCAGGGUGUCGUUGCCUACAUCGGUACAACUUUAUUCGCACCUGGUAAAUGGGUCGGCGUAAUCCUCGACGAACCCAAAGGGAAAAAUAAUGGUACCGUUCAGGGAAAAAACUACUUCGAGUGCGAAGACAAUCGUGGAAUUUUUGUCCGUGUAUCACAUCUAUCGCUGAUAGACGAAUCCGGUAAUAAAAUAGAUCUAUCGAAAUCUAAAGCACUGGAUGAAUCAAGUCGUUCAGGAUCAGGAUUAAAAAGUCGUUACAGCAGUUCACAGCUGUCGUUCACAGGACGAAGUGUGACAACACCGGCAUCGUCUCGAAGCAGGGAAGAUGUCCGUGCUUCAAAUACUGCUCCUCCAGUACCCGGAGAAUCUUUACUGAAAAGAGCUUCUUUUGUCGAAUCAACGCAAACAAAAGGUGUGCCGAAAUCGAGACUCAGUCUUUCUACUCCGGUCCUGAAAUCCAAGUCGCGUAUACCUACUACUAUUACGAAAUCUUUAACGGGUGAUGAUAAAGAUGAGCCCGCGAAUAACGAACAAACCGGUUUUGUUGAAACCUUGAAGCCGCAGUUCACUCCUGGGCAGGUGAUAACUUCACCGGUUGUACAAACCCAAAGAACGCCCCAAGCUGCUUUCAUCGACCCGGUCGAACACGAAGGUCUAAAAGCUCAAAUACAGGAUCUCAGCGAGAAACUGGAAACUCUCAGGAUUAAGCAUAAGGAAAAAUUAUAUGAAAAUGAUUCGUUGAAGUUAAAGUUGGAUCAAGCAGCCGAAUUUAAGAUUAAAAUUAUGGAAUCUCAAGCUGCUUUGAAAAAAGAACUAGAACAGAUAAAAAAAGAAAAAGAAGAAGCGGUUCAGGCUCACGAAGAUUUAUCUGAUAUUGCCGACGCUUUAGAAAUGGCAACUUUGGAUAAAGAAAUGGCCGAAGAAAAGGCUGAAGCUUUACAAUUGGAAUUGGCCGAAGCGAAAGAAAAAAUCGAAGAGUUGACUUUGGAUUUCGAAAUUUUGAAAGCUGAAUUCGAUAAAAUCGGUACUAGCUCUGGUGAAAGCGAUGAAAAUGGCACUGGAACGAGCUCUUACCAAAUGAAACAACUCGAACAGCAGAAUCUUCGUUUACGUGAUACGCUCGUUCGGAUGCGAGACUUAUCUGCUCAUGAAAAACAUGAAACUCAGAAGCUACAAAAGGAUUUAGAAGAGAAGAAAAAUGAAAAUACUGAAUUACGUAAAGUUAGCGAUAAAUACCAAGCGAAGAUCGCCGAACUUGAGAACACCAUUGCUGAGUUACACGAACAGGUCGAUGCCGCCUUGGGAGCCGAAGAAAUGGUCGAACAGUUAGGAUUACAAAAGCUCGGUUUAGAAGAUAAAAUCAAAGAAUUACAAGAAGCUGUGGCCGAUUUGGAAGAAUUACAAGAUAUUAACGAUCAACUUCAAGAAGACAGUAGAGAACUAGAGUUGCAAUUGAGAGAAGAAGUUGAUUUGGCGAACGUAGCUACACGAGAGGCUUUAAGGGAAAAAGAAAACGCUUUGGAAGCUUUGGCAGAUCGUGAACUGACCAUCGUGAAAUUCAGGGAACUAGUCCAAAAAUUGCAAGACCAAUGUCAAGAAUUACAAGCACAGCUGCAGAAAGAAUCAAUCUACCACGAUUCCAUGAAAAUGUCGAUGCCAGAUAUGCUCGACUUCAAAAAAAUGUUCGCCGAAACCAAAGCCCAAGCAAGAGCUAUCGAUUUAGAAUUACGAAGGAUGGAGGUUCAACAAAGUCAGCAACAUAUUCAAUACUUGAUCGCGUACAUGCCGGAUUCAUUUAUGACAAGAGGAGGAGAUAACGACGCUUUACUUAUGCUGGUGCUUAUUACACGUCUUAUGUGGAAAAGCGAAAUAUUACUAUCUCAGCUUCGUGAUAAAUUCCCCUCGGUCGAGUUAUCCAAUAAAGGAGAACUAGUCAAAGGACAUACCGCCGAACAGUUCGCUUCGCGGUGUCGAAUUUCCUAUCAUUUGCAUUUAUUACAGGCUGUGCUACGUCAGUUUACCUACGGAUUGAAUACGUGUACACCGGAAACGCUGAUGAAGGCUGGCUCUUCUUAUCCAGAAAUGAGUCAACAAGAGAAAAUUUUGGACGGUUAUAUCGAAUUAUUGAAAACUGAUCAGCUGGAUGAAAAUGUACGAAGUGAAAAUCUAGAAAAAUGCGUCAACUAUUUCAACACGAUGCAUACGUUGUUGUUGUUGUCAUCUGGCGAUACGACUCUCCAUCAGACGAAAUUAUUGCUCGAUCAUACGGUAGCCUUUUCCACAGCCUGUGAUAGUAUUCGUACUGACGUUGCUAUCGUUCAAGCUUUAAUACAGGUUUGUAAUAACGAUACGAGCGAUAUGUCGCCGUUAUGUCAACAUCUGUCCACUGUUGCCGAAGUUAUGCAGCAACAUUUGAAACAGAUACGAAGACGUAUAUCAGCGGUGCCAGACGUGGCUAAUUUACCUGUUGCUGAAUUGGCAACGAAUCUGCUCAAAACCAGUAUCUGCGCUAGUAAAUUAACCAGAGCUCUGAGAGAUAUCGCCAAGACAGCUUUCAGUCAAAUUGCUUUAAAUACAGAUGAAAUUUACCUAUCACCGGAGAAACUGUUGGAAAUAGCGAACGCAUCUUGUGAUAAAGUCUGGGACGAGUCUUCGACCGGUCAAAGCGCUAUAGGAUGUUUGAAAAACUCGAUGAAUUAUUUCGCCAACGAGAUCGCCAACAUAGCUCAAGCCAUGCAAGACGUCGAGUCACAAUUGGUGUCUGAUACGACAGCUGCGAGUAAAAACGAUAAAGCAACACCACCUCCGAUACUUCUACGAGCUGCGCAAGUGAAAAAUGAGCUAGAGCAGGCGAAAGCUCUGAAGCAGAAACUCGAUAGUAAAGAUAACGAUAUCAAGGAGUUGAAAAUGGCGUUGAGAAAUAAACAAGAAGAAAUCGGAGAGCUCACCAUUCGAAAAGAUAUCGCUGAGAAGAAGCUGACCAAUAGUGAUAGUAAAUUUUCGAAUACGGUUCGCGAUUACGAGAUGAAUAUUCAAAAAUUGCAGCGUAAAUUAGAAGAAGCUAAUCAGCUAAUGAAACGUAAAGAAACCGAAUUCGAGGAAACGAUGGAUCAUCUGCAAGCUGACAUCGAUUCGUUGGAAAGCGAAAAAGGCGAAUUGAAAGAUAAAUUGAAAAACUACUCGAAAAAAGUACUCAUCGAAGGAAUCGCUAAAAAUGCAGCCGCUUCCGGCGUAACUGGUCACCUCAGUAUGGGUCUGGGUUCACCCACGUCAGCUCCAGGCUUCGGUACAUCGGAUCCUUUCCUCGUAAACGAAAUCAAAGGAUUACGUGGAGCGUUGGCUCGUGAAAAAGAGCGCCGGUCGCAGCUGGAGACCGAAUACUAUACGAAAAUGUUACGUAAAUUGGAACCUAUACCGGUGUUUAAAAAAGAUUCGGAAAUUGAUAAAGAAAUUCUGGAUUUAGAAAACGAUUCUAGACAGUUGAUGAAAGAUAUAACCAACUUCGUAUCGCUUCCAAAAGUCGUUGACUUGACGAAACGAGUCCCUGGUACUUUACCAACAUCACUGAAAGAUGAUCCUGCAACUUUCUUGCUGGAAGAAGUGCAAAGGACCAAGUCGAUUCAGCAUAGAGUCGUAAAAUUGCAGGAACGUUAUCACGAGCUAGUCAUGAAAAAGAACCCCAAUGCUACGAUUCGUACAGAUUUCGCAACCUUCCCAGCUCCAGGAGGAAAACAGAUGCUAAGCAGCUCAGAUCAAUCUGAAUUAAUAGGCAAACUGAUACUACCCUGUAGUCGAGAAGCAAAAUUACCCCGUAAACCUUGCGAAGUUACGUUGAACAUUCAACAGUUGAAUAGUUUGGUAAAGGAAGUCGCAGCUUUAUGUCACUAAUAGCGAAUUUACUACGGUUAUUUUGUGUCUCGUCUUGUUCACGUCAGUAUUUUGGAGACGAAUCGAAGCGGUUAAUUUUAAUUUAUACGCGGAAGAUGCUUUAAUUAUUCAACAAGAUGGUUAUACUGCAGAGCUUCGCUCGAUUCGAGUAUUACAAAUAUGAUUUUUAUUAAUUUUUUUACGUCGUUAACAACGCGAUUACUACUAAUACCAAAUCAGCUUUUAUUUUUUAAAUUAUUUAUUUCAUUUUGUAUAGUUGUAAAUUUACAUUUAUCUGUGAUAUUUACGUAAUAUACGAUACGUCUUUUUACUGGAAA